AUGAAAGACAUGGAAGAACCUUUGGGAACAUUAGAAAAUGAAGCAAACAGUCAGGAAGAUAAAGGAGAAGAAAAAGAACUAACAGAAGACAAACAUACUACUUUCCUAUCAAGGCAGUCAUCCUCACUAUAUUCUGUCCCAGAAUUGUCAGAGUCAGAUGGUAUGAAAUUGCUAUUAUCAGGGUCAAUAUUCCUUGAUAGGAUUCGAGGUUACUACCUGUCCUCUUCCCCUCAGAGAAGUGGAAUGAGUAUAUCAUCAGAGGAACCAAGGACAUCUAAAUCUACUGACAUGACCUGUUCCAGAGCAGACAAAGAUAUGGGAAUGAGGAACUACUUAUCUCCUGAGACAGAUGUGAAUGGAGAAGGAGAGGAUUAUUUCUUAUCUUUGUUUGGUGAUUCAAAAAAAGUUAGUGCACAGUCGAUCCAAUGCCAGGAUCCUAGCAAACAACUUUCUAUGAUGCUUGAAGAAGUUGGCAGAUCUACAUCCAGCUCUCUUGAUGAAAUUAAAAUAGAGGAAGUCAACAUCAGAGGUUUAUUUGUGAGAAUCGUUAACUCUUCCUUUGACAAAGAACUGCAGAUUGGAGAUUAUACGCUUCUGCAAAAUAUGAAUGGGGAAUCGAUUUCUUCUUACAAAUUUCUUCCAAAUAUCUCACUUCCAGCCAAUUCCACAGUAACAGUAUGGGCAGCAGCAUCAAAAGCAAAGCACCAGCCACCAUCAGACUUUUUUUGGAAAGAACAAAACAAGUUCAAAUCAAGUCCGGAUUGUACAACAAUCUUGUGCAACUCGAAAGGUGAAGCCGUGGCUUGGUAUACCCCUAUUCAUUGGAUGCAAGCUUGGGAAAAAGUAGAGACUGACAUUGAAUUUGACAGAUACACAGUCAGUACUCCCACAUCCAAACCACACAUAUUUUGGAGGACAACCUCAGAAAAUACAGAAAACAGAGACUAUGAAGAUGAGUCAGAGAAAAAUGCUACAGAAUAUCAUAUGGAAACCACACAACUUUUCCUUAGGAGAGAAAAGGAAAUCCCACCAAUUCUUGUCCCAAAUCAUAGCCCUUGGUGCAGCAGUCCUGAUGUGCCUCCACAUCCCUAUUGUCCUUUGAUUGAGUCUUGCCACCUGUCCUGUGGAAGAAGAGAACCCAGGUCUCAAGCAACCAGGACUGAUCCAGCCCUGGGGACCAAGGGAAAAAAGAAAUCUAAGUCACAAAAAGGAAUAGUCAAUAAACCCAAUCUUUCAAAAGAUAACUCACCUAAAGUCACUGAGAUGUUGUCUUCAAAGUUUCUUGCCUUCCCUGUUCUUGUCUGCCAGUUUCGCCCUUCAGGUGUCAUCAUUCAGUUGUAUGGAACAGUGAAUACACCUGUAGCCUAUACUCCCCAUCAUUCUGUUGAAAGACUACACUUUGAAAAUGCCAAAAGCCUGAGUGAAUUCCUCCAUAGAGGAGCUUAG